UUAUUCUUUAGAACGAGGAGGAAGGAGCUGAGCUGGACAGUCAGGUUUAAUCCACAAGCGCAGAGAUAUUUAAGGCUACGCUUAAAGUUUAUUUAUUUGGACAUGAGGAGGCAGGUGUGGAAAGUGGGCAGGCUUUUGCGUGAGGACGAGUUGAAGGAUGUUUUGAUAAAUCUUUGUUUACACUACAGUUAUGUCAAAUGCAUAAGGACUUCUAGUGAAGGAAGGGCUGUAAAGAGGGAGCAAAUUAUGUUGAGCCAGAGCCAUUAAUCCUGAAAACCGGUGAUGAUAGCAUGCUUUAUUACUCUUUGUCCAAGAGAGGGACAAUGUCUCUGCCUAAGCAGAGAGAUGAGAAGGUAGAGAUGAGAAGGUAACAAAUCCUCUGACAUCCUUAAUCACUCAGAGGGCAGAACAGCAACUGGAUGUGAGUUGUUGUGGUGGAAGUUAGUUUUUUGUUGACGGUCCUGAACCCUCCUGGUGCCUGUUAGUAGAAAAAGAACAUUUCUCUGGACCUCAGCAGAAUGGAUCUCUCAGAGAGUCCUGCAACCCAGCGGCGAAAGGCCAAGUUGAUGUUUGGCCUGAAAGGGAAGAAGAAGAAGAAAGUCAACACAGACCUGGUCCUGGCAAACAAGGGAGCUGUGGACAGUGAGGUGGAGGUGCCUUCGGAAGUGUCUCCCCUGCUGGAGGGAGAAAACACUGAGGAUCAACCAGGAAGCUCUGGAGUCAGAACCAGAAUAAUACCAAACAAUAAGAGGUCCAAACUGAAAACUCGUAUCCAGGACAGUGAAGGGAAACCACAGAACUUCCAGAUUGCCAUUAACAUCACAGAGGCCAGGCAGUUGGUGGGAGAAAACAUCGACCCCAGUGUGGUGAUUGAGAUCGGUGAUGAGAAGAAACAGACUUCAGUCAAAGAAGGAACCAAUGCUCCCUUUUACAAUGAGUAUUUCGUGUUUGACUUCUUUGCCCACAAAGAGGUGUUCUUCGACAAAGUCAUCAAGCUGACGGUGAUGCACUCUAAAAUGCUGAGGAGUUUCUGUGUUGGGUCAUUUAAGCUGGAUGUGUGGACAGUCUACAAACAGCCAGGUCACCAGUUCAUCAAUAAGUGGGCAAUGCUGACCAAUCCUGCUGACAUUAGCACUGGGGUCAAAGGUUAUGUCAAGUGUGACAUCAGCGUCUCAGCGAAAGGAGAUGCCAUGCAGCCAGGACCAAAAGCGAGUGAUACUGAGGAGCAGAUAAACAAGAACCUGCUGAUACCAGAAGGUUUUCCCUCUGAGCGACCCUGGGCUCGUUUCUGUGUGAAGGUGUAUCGAGCUGAAGGCCUUCCACGGAACAACUCCAGCAUCAUGGCCAAUGUCACCAAGGCCUUCAUAGGGGACAACACAGCACUCAUAGACCCAUAUGUAGUGGCCAGCUUCUUCAAAAACGUGGGUCGUACCUCCACUCAGAAGUCCACAGCAGACCCAGUGUGGAAUGAGCAGAUCGUCUUCACAGAGAUGUUUCCCCCGCUGUGUCAGAGAAUGAAGAUCCAGGUCUGGGAUGAGGGAAGCAUGAGUGACGUUGCCAUAGGAACCCAUUACUUUGACUUGAAACGCAUCUCCAAUGAACAGGAUGGGGACAGAGGGUUUUUACCAACAUUUGGUCCCGCUUGGAUUAACCUGUAUGGCUCUGCCCGAAACUUUUCAAUAGGUGAUGAUACAGUGGAGCUUAAUGAGGGCAUCGGAGAGGGCGUGUCCUACAGAGGUCGGGUCUACAUGGAGCUGGCAGUGGAGAUCCUAGCAGGAGGGACGGGUUCGGAGUCCAAACUCAAUAGAAUGGUCAAACCUGUGAAGGAUGCUAAAGCAGGGAAAGGCGGAGGGAAGGAUGGUAAGACUCCUGCAGGAGGAGGAGGAGCGGGAGGAGCAGCAGGAGGAGCUGCUGAUGAUGACAAAGGAAAAGCUGUGGCAGCAGAGGUCCUGCCAGUGGAAUCUCCUCCUGUGCUGAAUGAAAACAACAAGGAAAGAUUUCUGCUGUUCGGGGCGUUGUUUGAAGCCACCAUGAUUGACAGGAAGAUCGGAGACAGGCCCAUCAGCUUCGAGUUCUCCCUGGGUAACUACGGUAAUGUCUUGGAGCCCACAGGCCAGCCCAGCAUCCCUGUCCCCAGUCCUUCUGUCAGUCGGAGGAGAAGAGCGCUGGACGUCCCAGACAGCAGUGAUACGUUUAGCACCUCCCCUCUCAGCUCGCCCCCCAACUCCCCCUCUUCCCCCCUCCUACCCAGAGAGCCUCUGGACAUGGCCUUGACCUCUAAGUCCACCACGCCACCGGAAAGACCGCUCAUCGUUGAGGGAAACAAGUACUACAUGUAUCUGCCCCUGGAGAAGCAGAAGCCGUGUAUUAAUGUGCUGAGUCACUGGGAGGACAAAACCUACCGACUCUACAACUCGAAUAUGCUGGAGAAUAUAGCUUUUCUGUUUGAGGAGGGUGUGGCCAGUGCAGCCGAGCUACACAGGAAGUCCGAUCCAGGGGCGGAGCAGAUGCUCAGAAUCAUCCUCCAAGAAUUCUGUAUGGACGCCAGGAGUUUCAUAGCAGCAGCAGAGGCCAAGUUGAAGGCAGAGCUAAAGUCGAGCUACCUGACACAGCUGGACAAGAAACGCCUCACCAUGUGUAAACAGGAACUGGAGAGUAUGAUAGGAGAGGCCCAGUCAUUGGGAGAGAGGAAGAGAAAAGUUGGCGGUGUGAAAGAAAUGCUGCAGGAUGCAGCAAAACUCACACACAAACUACGCUUUCUUGUGGAGGAGCCCCAGCACACAGUGCCCGACAUCUUUGUGUGGUUGCUAAGCAACAACAAGCGUGUUGCGUAUGCUCGGAUCCGAGCCAGAGACCUGCUGUUCUCCAGCAGCCAGGAGGCCCGAGGAAUCCACUGUGGCAAGAUAAUAACACUCUUUCUAAAGCCUCCAGGGAAGCGUGUCGCAGGCUUGUCAGUCCAAGCGAAGCUGGAUGUGUAUCUGUGGUAUGGAACAUGGUCCGACUCCAUCCACAUGCUAGAUGACCUACCUGCAGGAUUCAGUCCGGCCACAGGGGGCGCUGAUGCCAGCAGCCCUCCAUCAUACCUGAUCUGCACAGGGCAGCAUCAGUUCCAGUUGAGGUGCCACAUGUAUCAGGCUCGUGGUCUGAUCGCUGCAGACAACUCCGGCCUGUCUGACCCAUUUGCUCGAGUUACCUAUCUGUCACACAGCCAAACCACCAAUGUGAUCAGUCAGACUCUCAGUCCGACAUGGAAUCAGUGUUUGCUGAUGAGCCGCCUGCUGCUGAGUGGAGAUCUGCAGCACAUCCAGCAAGAGCCGCCACGUAUUCUCAUCGAGGUGUACGAUGACGAUGCACUGAGUAAGGCGGAGUACCUGGGGGCCACAGUGGCGGUGCCCGAGGUUCGGCUGUCCUCUGACCCGUACACACCUCCAACUCUGCAGUACAGCCCGCUGCACUGCGGCAGCCAGCCAGGGGGAGACCUGCUGGCUGCAUUCGAACUGCUGCAGAUCCCAGAGUCUGGAGACCAGAGUCUGCCGCCGUUAGAGGAACAGGAAGGAGGCAUCUACACGGUUCCUGCCAACAUCAGACCUGUUCUCAGCACCUACAGGCUGGAGGUGUUAUUCUGGGGUCUGCGGGAGCUGAAGAAGGUUCAGUUCCUUUCUGUUGAUCGCCCACAGGUCUUCAUAGAGUGUGCAGGUAAAACACUACGUUCCUCUGUCAUUCAGAAGUACAAGUCCAGCCCAAACUUCACCACGCUGGUUGAUGUCAUAGAGCUGGAGUUACCAGAGAACGAACACCUCCAUCCUCCUCUCAGUAUCACUGUUGUUGAUUGGCGGGCAUUUGGUCGCAGCACGUUGGUUGGAAACCACAUUAUCAACAACCUCAAGGCCUUCAAAUACACUCCACCUCCAGCCCUGCCUGCUCCCAUAAAGACACACAAACCACCCAAGGUCACAUACACCCCUGGACCUGCACUGACACUGGAGCCACAAAGCACUGAGGGACUUUUCCAGCCCGCUGGAGAGACCAGUUCAGCUGUAGCACUGACAAAUCAGGAUUUCCUGAUCACUGUGGAGGGUGAAACCCCGCCUCCAGCCCCGCCCACCCUUACACAAGAAUCCAGGAGGAAAAGGGACAGCAGGACAAAGAGCACUCGUGGUCGUUCCACCAAGAGGAGAAAGCGGACCAUCGCUGACGAAUCAGCAGAAUGUGUCAUCGACUGGUGGUCCAAAUACUACGCAUCUGUAGAGAAACAGGCCAAACAGAAGGACGACUCUCCAUUCCCUCAGGUCUUUGAACAAGCUUUGCCGUAUAGCAGCUUGCUCAGCGAUGGAAUAGACACCUUGGUCAGCCAGUCGGAUGGAGACAAGAAGAAGAAACAGAAAGGAAAAGGAACCCUGGAGCCAAACCUGGGUCUACCUACUAAAUUAGCCACACUCAAGCUGUACAACAAGGAGCUGGAGGCAGAGUUUGGGCCUUUUGAUGAUUGGGUGAAUACAUAUGAGCUGUUCAGAGGGAAAGCCAAUGAGGAAGAGGGGGCGACUGAAGAGAGAUUCGUUGGCAAAUUUAAGGGACGAUUCUGCAUGUAUAAACUGGCUGAGGAUGAGGCAGAGGUGUGGGACGAAGCCCCUGACACUGGGCACUUCAGAGUCAACAGAGGAAUCCCUCCCAACGGCCCGGUCCAAGUCCUCAUACGGGUUUACAUCGUCUCUGCUUCUAACCUGCACCCAGCUGAUCAGGAUGGGAAGGCGGACCCUUACAUUGUUCUUCGGCUUGGCAAGAACGAAAUCAAAGACAGAGACAACUACAUCCCUAAACAGCUGAAUCCAGUGUUUGGAAGAUCUUUUGAGAUGCAGGCAACAUUUCCUCAGGAGUCUCUGCUGUCAGUGUUUAUCUAUGACCAUGACUUGGUGGGAGGGGACGACCUGAUAGGAGAGACUUGCAUUGACCUGGAGAACCGAUUCUACAGCCGACACAGAGCCACCUGUGGACUCCCUACUGAGUACAGCCUUGACGGUUAUAAUGCCUGGAGAGACUGUCUGAAGCCAUCAGAGCUGUUGUCUAAGCUGUGCAAAGAGAACGGUCUGGACGGUCCUCAUUUCACACCAGGACGCAUCACUUUGGCUGACAAAGUUUUCACUGGCAAGACGCUCUUCAUGCACGAAGACGAGCCGGAGGAGUCCUAUGAGCACUUGUCUCUGAAGAUCCUGCACCGCUGGGCGGAGAUUCCAGCUGUGGGAUGCAAGCUGGUACCAGAACACAUCGAGACCAGAACUCUGUUCAACAAGGCUCGGCCCGGCAUGGACCAGGGCCAGGUCCAGAUGUGGGUAGACAUGUUUCCCAUGGACUUGCCUCAUCCGGGACCUUCAGUGGACAUUUCACCUCGAAAACCAAAAGGGUACGAGCUGCGUAUCAUCAUCUGGAACACAGAAGAUGUGAUUCUGGAGGACAGCAACUUCCUGACCGGUCAACAGUCCAGUGAUAUCUACAUCAAGGGCUGGUUGAAAGGUUUAGAGGAUGACCGACAGGAGACAGACGUCCACUACAACUCUCUGACUGGAGAAGGAAACUUCAACUGGCGCUUUGUGUUUCCCUUCAGCUACCUGCCUGCUGAGAAGGUAGUAGUGGUGAGGAAGAGAGAGAAUAUUUUCUCUUUGGAUAAAACAGAGCAGAAGCUUCCUGCCAUCCUCAGUCUGCAGGUCUGGGACUUCGAUACACUCUCCUCUGACGACUUCCUGGGCACGGUGGAAUUAGACCUCCAUGGUUUCCCUCGGGGGGCAAAGACGGCGAAGUCAUGUAAGGUGGACAUGUUGACGGACGGGACAGAGAGAAUCUCCAUCUUCCAGCAGAAGAGAUCAAGAGGCUGGUGGCCCUUCAGCAAGUCCGGAGAGCUGACGGGGAAAGUGGAGGCGGAGUUCCAUCUUGUGACAGCUGAGGAGGCAGAGAAAAAUCCAGUUGGCCGAGCCCGCAAGGAGCCGGAGCCGCUGCCAAAACCAAAUCGUCCAGACACCUCCUUCUCGUGGUUUGUCAAUCCAUUCAAGUGUUUCUUCCACUUGGUGUGGCGAAGCUACAAGAAGUACAUCAUCAUCGCCCUGAUCCUGCUCAUCACAGUGCUGUUCCUCGCCCUGCUGUUCUACACCCUGCCAGGAGCCAUUUCUCAGAAGAUAGUCAAUGGAUAACACACACAUCGAGACUAUGUUCACACUGUAGUUCUGAACUACAGUGACGGCAUACGUCAUGACAAGACAACAAGAACUUUGCCAUUUCAACAGCUCGUCCAAAUGUGACCAAGAAAUGCAGCCUUUAUUUUUGGCCAAAGUUUAAAAGGACACACCUGGUGUAUCCUUGACAGCUUUUUAUUCCAAUUUGAAUAACGUUUGCUGAAAACUACAGUGCUCAUCUUAAACCCCAAAAAAAUAAUGGGAGU